CCACUCCUAACCACAAUAUAUACACACGUCUUUGCUUAGAAUCUCUCACAGAUAACUGCUUUUUCUCUUCCUUGCUUGUGACUCACUCACACACUUUUGUCAGGCUUCGAUUUGUUGUUGAUCAAAGGAUCAUAGAGAAGAGAAAGAAUGGGUUCAACAGGAAAGCUAGAAGUAGAAGUGGAGCUGAAGUCUAAACCAGAGAAGUUCUGGCAUGGGAUUAGGGAGUCCACCACACUCUUCCCAAAGGCCAUGCCUGAAGAGUACAAGAGGAUUGAUGUUGUUGAAGGUGAUGGCUUUUCUGUUGGCUCUGUUCGCCUUGUUCAUUAUGGUGAAGGGUCACCCCUAGUGAAAGUCACGCACGAGAAGAUUGAAGCAGUUGAUGAGGCACAGAUGACAUAUGCGUAUAGUGUGAUUGAUGGGGAUCUCCUCAAAUUCUACCCAUUAGUUGACGCAUUCCUGGUUGUGGAACCAAAGGGAGAUGGGAGCUUGGUGAAAUGGGCAUGUGAGUUUGAGAAGGCAAGUGAUGAGAUUCCUGAUCCUAACAUCAUCAGAGACUUUGCUGUCAAGAGCUUCAAAGAUCUUGAUUCUUAUCUCAAUGCUUAGACUUGAAUUCAAUGCUAUAUUGUCUCUUUCAAAAAUGUUCUCUCUCUUUUUUUCCCCCCUUAUUUCUUUUUUUGUGGUCAUCUAUUAAAUAAUGUGGAGUCUUAACUCUACAAUUAUCUACUAUGUUGAUCUUUGUGAGUUUCUAUCUGUAUUUGCUGAUUGUUUUAAUGUAAUCUGUUUUAAUAUUUCAAAAUUAUUGUACAAGAAAAAAUGUCUAUCUAA